AUGUCCGGCGUAGUUUCUAUAACAGACAGCACAAGUGGGCAGCUUAAUGCUGACGAGAAGUCGCGUGGUAACGCAAGAAAUGAUGCUGCUGAAAAAGACUUAGUUUCCAUUAAUGGCGGUCUUCAGCAAGUUUCAUCGUCUACGUCGUCUUGUAAUGGGGAAAAAAUCAUCAAGACUAGAGGUGUCACAAGGAUCGAAGUUGUCAGAGAAAAAAUGAGCACCAAAGUCACAUGGAUUCUUGGCCUUUCGAUUUUGUUAACUUCAUGGGUUGCUGCUUUAGAUGCUACAACCACAUAUAAUUAUCAACCUUAUGCCACUUCCUCGUUCAACAGGCACUCUAUGCUGUCUACAUUAACUAUUGCCAAUUCUGUCAUCGGUGCUGUUUGUAAGCCUUUCAUUGCCAAAAUUUCGGAUUUAAGUUCCAGGCCUGUUACUUACUUUGUGGUAUUACUGCUGUAUGUCAUAGGCUUUGUUAUCACUGCCUGUUCCCCAACCAUUGCUGCAUAUGUGAUUGGUUCUGUUUUUAUUGCCAUUGGACAGUCGGGUAUCAGUUUGAUGAACAUGGUCAUUAUUGCUGAUACUACCACAUUGAAAUGGAGAUCUUUUUUCACCUCUCUUUUAUCUGUUCCUUACCUGGUUACCACCUGGAUUUCUGGUUACAUUGUCGAAGAUAUCAUCAACAGUAACUGGAGAUGGGGGUACGGUAUGUUUGCUAUCAUCACUCCGGUUGCUUUAACACCAGCUAUCCUCGUUAUGUCAUAUUUGGAACACCAGGCUAACAAAACAGGAGAUAUACCCGUCGGUUCCGAUCCACUUGCUAAGAAGAAGGUGGAAGUUACGGAAUCACAUAUUAGUGGGUUCAAGGGGUAUUGGGAGCUCCUCAAAGCCUCGUUGAUAGAGAUUGACGCGUUUGGUUUAAUUUUGCUUGGUUUCGCUUUUUCUUUAAUUCUUCUUCCAUGUUCCUUAUACUCCUAUGCUGAAGGCGGCUGGAACAAUCCAAGUAUGAUUGCCAUGGAAGUAGUUGGUGGUAUCUUCCUUGUAUCGUACGUCGUAUUCGAAGUUUUCUUCGCACCAUUCCCCUUACUCCCAAAGAGAGUCUUGAUGAAUAGAACCUUUAUUUGUUGUGUCAUCAUUGAUUUCAUCUACCAGAUGGCUGGAUAUUUCUCUCUUUUAUUCUUUACCUCUUAUACCUUUGUCGUCUUAAAUUUGUCUUAUAGGGACUGGGUUUACCUUUCAAAUACCACAACUAUGGGGUUAUGUUUCUUUGGGGUUGUUUGGGGUGCUCUAUUCAGAGGGUUCCACCGCUAUAAGAUAUUUCAAGUCGUUGGCAUUGCUAUUAAAUUAAUAGGCAUGGGUCUUUACGUGGCAUGCUCUAAAAAGGACGGUAGUCCUGGCAUUGGCCUUGUCGUAGCUGCUUUGGUUAUCACUAACUUUGGUGAUGCCGCUAAUGUUAUGGGCACUCAGGUUGCAGCUCAGGCUGCUGUUCCUCAUCAGGAUAUGGCUGCAACCAUUUCCGUUUUGUCUCUUUACAGUUCUAUUGGUGCAGCCGUUGGUACAGCGAUUACUUCUGCUGUCUGGACUGAUAAGCUACCUGGUGCCUUGCUUAAGUACGUCCCAGAUAAAGAUAAGGCAGUUGCAUUUUUUGAAUCUCUUACUUCUAUAUGGGAAGAGCCAUGGGGCUCGGCAAACAGGGAAGGUGCCAUUAGUGCAUAUCAAGAAGUUAAUUAUACCCUGUUCUGUAUGGGUCUUGGUGUCAGUUCCAUCAUGUUUGUUGUUGCACUAUUCCAAACUAAUUACUAUCUGGGUGACCAACAAAACUGUGUGGAAGGUGAACAGAAGGAAGACUACCAUCACAAUGCCAAUGGAUCCAAAAAGACUUUACUAAAUAGAGCUUUUGAUUUCUGGAAAUAA